AUUGUUGCAAUGACUGGUGUUCAAGAAACUUCGUGCAUGCUUUGCCUCAAAACUGUAACCGUUAAUGGUUUUGAGGUAAUAGACGACGUUACUAGAGAUACUUUAGAUGUUCUUUUGCUGAAAUUGAAAUUUGAUAGCAAUGGCAAAGAGGUUAUAUGUAACGUCUGCAGAAGAGAGUUAAACGCAGCAUUCGAAUUUAAGUCAACUUGUCUGAAUACUGAUUACACAAUUAUUCCACAUGUGGAUUGUGAAAAAAUGUUACAGCUCGAUAUAAGAGAUGCGUAUAUGAAGGAAAAGACCAGCGAGUCAAUGGAUAUUUCAGAUGGUCAGAGAAUAUGUCGAUUGUGUAUGGAUCCAGUAGAAGGUGAGUUUAGGUGCAUACGUGAAGAGGAACUUGAAGCUAUCGAGAAAUUGGCUCCUGAAAUGAAUAUAAAUAUCAUCAAAGAUCCCGUUGUAUGUAAGGAAUGCUUUGAUUCUGUGUGCACCCAUAAUACUUUCCUAAAAAAUUGCUCGCAAGUACAGGAAAAAGUUAUAGGUAUUUUUAAUAGCGCAGCAACAGAAGGUCAGAUAGAUACGUCACCAUCUGAUUUAUUCGUUAAGACUGAAGACCAGGACAAGGAAUUCGAUAUCAGCGAGAUGGAAAUGUCGAUCAAAGCUGAAAGUAUCGACAUAAAAUCGGAAGAUGAGGAAAGCAGAUACUCGCCGCUGCAGAGCUCCGAUAGUGAAUCAUUCGUAAAGAGUGUCCUUAGAGAUGCAGAAGAGGAUGGAUGUAAACAUGAGAAUAGAUUGACAAACGAGUGUAAUACGAACGUCAAGCAGGACCACAAAGUAUUUUACAAAUGUAAUAAAUGUAUUUAUGAAACUGGAAGCGAGAGCCGUUUUAUAGCACACCGUGCGAGACACGAGAACGAUUCGGAAGCAUAUAAAUGUGAAUCGUGUGAGUAUGAAACAGAAAAUAAAAAAUUUUUUCAGAAACCUCGGUUGAGGCAGAAAAAUCCUUCGGAAAUGUGUAUGCACCGAUGCGGAUCAUAUGAUUACAAGACAAGGCACAGGUAUGAGCUUGCUAAGAGUCAGGUUCAAACGUACAAGUGUAAUGACUGUGGUUAUAAAACUAUAUACAAGAUAUAUCUCAAAUCGCAUGAACUGAAGCACAAAGAUCCUUCUCAGGUUCAAAUGUACAGGUGUAAGGAGUGCGACUACAAAACUAUAAACAAGAAAUAUCUCAAAAGGCAUCAACUGAAGCAUAAAGAUCCUCAGGUUCAAACGUACAAGUAUAGUGGUAUUUUCACGUUGAAAGAUCAACUAGGCGGUGUUGCCGAUGGCGUAUAG